AACCCAAAUAACAAAGAUAUAUCCAAGUCCACCGCCAAGUCGACCCCAUUCUCAUCUCAAUUGCAAAAUCUACUUCCCCUAGGGUUUCAAAUCACUUCAAUUGCAUCUCAUCACUCGCUCACUCGACUCAGCAAUUACUGCUCGAUCUCGGAAAUGGACUCGCGCGAAUCGUCUUCUUCUUCAUCUUCACUCCCCGAAGAAGACGCCUCUCUCUCUCUAGCCAAACAAGCUUCUCUGCUCUUUCACUCCGCCAACUUCGCUGAUUGCCUCACUGUCUUGCGUCAGCUUCUGCUCACUAAGCCGUCCGAUCCGAAGGUUCUCCAUAAUAUAGCUAUCGUAGAAAACUUGCAAGAUGGAUUUUCAAAUCCGAAGAAAUUUCUCGAGGUCCUAAAUGAUGUUAAGAAACAAAGUGAAAAGUUUGCAACUGCGUCUGGUGACAACGUAGUGGGUGCUAACAACUUGGAAAGUGAUGUUGUGGCAGUUUCCAGUGGAAAUCCUUGUUUGAUACCUCAAUUCUCUGCUGCACAUAGUUCCUCAAUUGUGCUGAAUGCUGAAUUUGCCUCUCAUGUGGCGUCAUACAACAUAGCAGUCACUUGGUUCAAUCUAAGCGAGUAUUCAAAGUCGUUUUCUAUAUUGGAACCGGUGUAUCAGAAAAUUGCACCAAUAAGUGAGGGUAUUGCUCUACGUAUAUGCCUUCUGUUGCUGGACGUUGCGUUACUGUCGCACCAUGCCUCAAGAUCUGCUGGUAUUAUUGAGUAUAUUGAAAAGAUUUCUUCUGUUCGUAGUAUGAUCAGUCAAAGUGAAAGUUCGAGCUCUAGUCAGCAACAUCCUCCCAAUCUAGUGACAAAAGCUUCUUCAGUUCCUAGCACACCUAUUUCUGACAUUUCAAUUGCUGAUUCCGCUACAAAUGCCUCUGAAAUUUCUUUAUCCAGAAGUUUAUCGGAGGAAGCAGAAUAUGAAAACUUGUUCUCUACUCUUGACAUGAGUGGACAAAACCUAUCAAGACCUGUUCACCAUUCUUUAAAUGAUAUCUCAAGGACCCAAAUUGAUGAUUCUAUUCCAAUUAUUGUUGAUCUGAGACUGAAGUUGCAUCUGUACAAGGUUCGACUUCUUCUCCUUACCAGGAACCUGAAGGCAGCUAAGCGUGAAGUUAAGUUGGCCAUGAACAUAGCUAGGGGUAAUAAUUCUAUGGUUCUCUUUUUGAAGUCUCAGCUUGAAUAUGCCCGUGGAAAUCAUCCUAAAGCAAUUAAGCUUUUGAUGGCUUCAAGUAAUCGAACAGAAAUCGGUACUUCUGUAAUGUUCUACAACAAUCUUGGGUGUAUCCAUUAUAGACUUGGCAAGCAUCAAACAUCGGCUAUAUACUUUUCCAAGGCGUUAAGUACUAGUUCUGUGAUACGGAAAGAAAAGACUCAAAACCACACCCACACCAGUUUUGCAGCGGAUAAAUCCCUCCUUGUAGCCUAUAACUGUGGCAUGCAGUACUUAGCUUGUGGCAAACCAAUACUUGCUGCUCGAUUUUUUUACAAAGCCAGCUUAAUUUUUUAUAAUCGGCCUCUAUUAUGGCUACGCAUUGCUGAAUGUUGUCUGAUGGCUCUUGAAAAGGGGCUGCUGGACUCCACUGGAGCUGCAUCCACAUCGUCAGAGAUUAAGGUUCAUGUUGUUGGAAAGGGAAAGUGGAGAAAUCUUGUUAUUGGAGAAGAGGUACCUAAAAAUAGCCGGGCUGAUCUCAUUGGUCAAAGUGAUUCAUCGCUUGUUAAUGAUAGGCAGCCUAAACUUUCCAUGACCCUGGCACGUCAGUGUCUAUUGAAUGCAUUACAGCUGCUAAACUCUUCUGAGUCAGUGCACAUGAGUUCUGGUUUGCCAUCAGAUUUAGCCAUUGAGGAUGAAACAUAUUCUAAAAGUACCAACUAUAAGAGUGUUUCAGGUGGUGAUACUCAGGCACAUAACCUGGCAGUUGCUUCAGGUCAGGUUGCAAAUGGGGAACUGAAAGAACAGAAGAGCACAAGUACUCCAAAUUCCACCUUGAGAGACUCUAUCUCUGAUUAUGAAGAUAUAUGUAGAAAAGAGAUCCAGAUAAUUAGACAAUCUAUUCUUGUUGAUUUGGCAUAUGUAGAGUUGGAGCUAGGCAAUCCCUUGAAAGCCUUGUCAACUGCAAGGUCUCUCCUGAAUGUUGCAGAAUGCUCCAGAGUGUAUAUAUUCUUGGGUAAUCUUUAUGCAGCUGAGGCUCUGUGCCUACUCAAUCGUUUGAAGGAAGCAGCAGAACAUUUGCUGAUCUAUCUUUCUAGUGGACACAAUAUUGAACUUCCAUUUACCCAAGAAGAUUGUGGACUGUGGCAAGUAGAAAAAAUUGGUGAUUGUGAGGAGUUCAAUGGCGGUUCAGUGGCUACCAACAUCGCUUCUGAUGAAGGACAAGUUUUUGCACUUAAUCCUGAAGAGGCACGUGGAACUCUCUACUCAAACCUAGCUACAAUGUCUGCAGUACAGGGUGAUCGUGAGCAGGCUGAUAAAUUUGUGAGGCAAGCAUUAUCUAUCUUGCCGAACAGCCCCGAAGCCAAUUUAACUGCAGUUUACUUGGAUCUCAUGCUGGGGAAGUCCCGAGAAGCUAUCUCGAGGUUGAAAAAUUGUAGCCAUAUUACUUUCCUUCCUGGUAGUUUUGCAGUAACUGGACCGUCAUGAUCUUUUACAGCAGUGAAUGACUUGAUUCUCGCAAUCCACAUUCAACCCCUCACCCUGAGUUUAGUAGGUAGGUCAAAGUUCCUUUAAAAGAGGAUCUGUAACAUAUAUAUAGCUCAGUUAAGGGAGUAAUUUUUCAGUUUUCCUUUUCUUAGUUCUUAAUUUUCAUUUUUGUGGAGCAUUGUGUUUGGUGGCGAGCUGGUGGCUUUGGUUGUUGCUAAUGCCCACUGGUGCCAUUGAGGAUGUAGUUUUGAUUUAGCAGAGCUGAAAGUGUUCUAGUGGCUGAUGUUGUAGUUGACUAUCGUAAGAAUAUAGAGAUCAUACAUUGUUUAGAAAUGAAAGGAAUUUUCAUCAUCCA